AUGAACAAUUCUGUAUGUAUUUUGCUGGCCAAUCCCACAAAUGCCCCAAAGCAUAUAUUUAAUGGGAUGCAUAUAGCAUUUGCAGAUGAGUGUAUAGAAAGCAGUGAAGGUCCUUGGCUAACCCAAUAUCAAGAUAAAAGUGAAAUAGAUGCUUACAAAGUAAAUAACUUAGAAAGAGAUAAUACAUUCAAAAUAGAUUUUUCCAAAAGCUCUGUCCAGGGAAAUGAUUUAAUUAAGCUCCAAAAACUAUGUGAAGAAUUCUCAGAUGUCUUUAGCAAAAGUCAGUAUGAUUUAGGUUCUUGUAUAGUAGGAGAACAUGACAUUCUAACCACAACGGAAACUCCCAUUGCUUCCAAACCUCAUAGAGUCCCAUUUAAAUUUCAAAGCGAACUGCAAGAAAAUAUUACCAAGCUCUUAAAAUCAGGAGUGAUGGUAAAAUCUGACACUCCGUGGGUCUCAAAUAUAGUAUUAGUGCUGAAAAAAGAUGGUUGGAAACAAUUAUGGAAAAAGUAGGAGGUUGUCACUUUUAUUCAUCGCUUGAUCUUUCUAGUGGAUAUCUUCAAAUAAGAUUAACUGAAAGAGCCUCUAGGAAAUGUGGUGUAAUUACUGAAGAUGAGGUAUACCAAAUGACCCAUAUGCCGUUCGGUUUGAGAAAUGCAACCAGUGCGUUCGCAAGAGUAAUGGCGCAUGUAAUCAGUGGAUUAGAAGAUUGUGU